UAAACUUCAGUUUUUAUGUUUAAAAUUGAAGAACAUACUUGUCCUCAUAUUGUAAUCUUUAAAUUCUCCUUUUUUAGUUGCUCUGGGAAAGGAAUUCUCUCUGGUCAUGCAGAUGGUACCAUUGUUAGGUAUUUCUUUGAUGAUGAAGGCUCUGGAGAGUCACAGGGGAAGUUGGUUAACCACCCCUGUCCACCCUAUGCCUUGGCAUGGGCAACCAAUAGCAUCAUGGCUGCAGGCUGUGAUAGGAGGAUUAUAGCCUAUGGAAAAGAAGGCCACGUGCUGCAAACUUUUGAUUAUAGCCGUGACUCUCAGGAGCAGGAGUUCACCGCAGCUGUAGCAAGUCCUGGGGGCCAGUCCAUUGUGCUAGGAAGCUAUGACAGGCUUCGGGUGUUCAACUGGAGCCCUCAAAGAAGCAUCUGGGAAGAGGCAAAGCCCAAGGAGAUUGCCAAUUUAUACACCAUCACUGCCUUGGCCUGGAAGCGGGAUGGCUCACGGCUCUGUGGGGGCACACUGUGUGGUGGGGUGGAACAGUUUGACUGCUGCCUCUGAAGAAGCAUUUACAAGAACAAGUUUGAGCUGACGUAUGUGGGACCUAGCCAGGUGAUUGUGAAGAACCUGUCAUCGGGAACCCAAGUGCUGCUCAAGUCCCACUAUAGCUAUGAGGUGGAAGAGGUGAAAAUCCUGGGAAAGGAGCAUUACUUGGUGGCCCACACAUCAGACACACUGCUGCUGGGGGACCUGAACACUAAUCGCCUUAGUGAGAUAGCCUGGCAGGGAUCUGGUGGCAAUGAGAAGUAUUUCUUUGCAAAUGAGAAUAAUGCUGUGGAGGAGGCCAGGGCAUCUGCUCGGCUGGUGCUAUUCCGAGAGGAACUGCUAGCCAACACAGAGCUGGUAGAACACAUCACUGCAGUCCUUAUCAAGGGGGAACUCUACGAAAGGGCAGGUGAUCUCUUUGAGAAGAUUCACAAUCCACAGCAGGCCCUGGAGUGCUACCGUAAAGGGAACAUAUUCAUGAAAGUUACUAGCCCCCAUAAGCCAUCCUUUACUGUUAUGGACCCUUGCCCAUCCGUCUCCCCAGCACCUCUUGUAGAGCUGGCUCGAUUGGCCUUCCCAGGGGAGGUGGUGAAACUAGAGGAGGCAUGGGGGGACCACCUGGUGCAGCAGAAGCAGCUUGAUGCAGCCAUUAAUCACUACAUCGAAACCAGGUGCUCCAUUAAGGCAAUUGAGGCUGCCCUGGGUGCCCGCCAGUGGAAGAAGGCAAUUUAUAUAUUAGAUCUACAGGACCGGAACACCGCGUCCAAAUACUGUCCUCUCGUGGCCCAACACUAUGCAUCUCUGCAGGAGUAUGAGAUUGCUGAGGAGCUCUAUACUAAGGGAGACCGGACAAAAGACGCUAUAGAUGUGAACACCCAGGCUAGCCGUUGGGAACAAGCCCACAGGGUAGAGAUGAAAUGUAUGAGACCAGAGGUCCAGCAGCAGUGGGGUGUGGAGGGACUUGUGGAACAAGCUCGACACUGGGAGCAGGCUGGAGAGUACAGCCGUGCCGUGGACUGCUAG